CCGAGACUCUAGAGUUUUUCAGAGAAAUGCAGAUCAUUGGUCCGGCCCCCAACAGCUACACUUUUGUUUCGGCUCUCACAGCCUGCCAAGGCUUUUCAUAUGCAUACACAGGCAAAGAGAUUCACUCUGCUGUCCUGAAAUCAAAUCUUUCUUCUGAACUAUAUGUGUGCAAUGCCUUGAUUGCAAUGUAUACCAGGUGUGGUAAAAUGCUCGAGGCUGGAAGGAUUCUUCGUCACAUGGACAAAGCUGACGUUGUGACAUGGAAUUCUCUGAUUAAGGGUUAUGUACAGAAUUUCAUGUACAAGGAGGCAUUAGGAUUCUUUUGUGAUAUGAUCGCUGCUGGCCACAAGCCCGACGAGGUUUCGAUGACCAGUGUCAUUGCAGCGUCAGGAAGAUUAAGCAAUCUGUUGGCAGGAAUGGAAUUGCAUGCUUACGUCAUUAAACAUGGCUGGGAUUCUUAUUUGCAGGUUGGAAACACGUUGAUAGAUAUGUACUCAAAAUGCAACCGCACAUGUUAUAUGGGCCGCGUGUUUCUUAGGAUGCAUGAAAAAGAUCUUAUUUCAUGGACUACAGUCAUUGCUGGUUAUGCCCAGAAUGAUUGUCAUGUAGAAGCCUUACAACUCUUUCGGAAUGUUGCUAAGGAAAGGAUGGAAAUUGAUGAAUUGAUGCUGGGAAGCAUCCUUCGAGCUUGUAGUUUGCUGAAAUCUGAGCUCAUUGUCAAAGAGAUUCAUUGUCACAUCUUGAGAAAAGGUUUACUUGAUACUGUGAUACAGAAUGAGUUGGUAGAUGUUUACGGAAAAUGCAGGAACAUGGGCUAUGCUACUCGAAUAUUUGAAUCAAUUAAAGGUAAAGAUGUUGUCUCUUGGACUAGCAUGAUUUCGUCUAGUGCUCUAAAUGGUAACGAAAACAAGGCUGUUGAGAUCUUUCGACGCAUGGUUGAAACUGGUUUGUCAGCUGAUUCUGUAGCAUUGUUGUGUAUACUGUCCACUGCAGCAAGUUUAUCUGCCCUCAAGAAAGGUAGAGAAGUUCAUGGCUACGUACUCCGCAAGGGUUUUUUCCUAGAGGAGUCCAUUGCAGUUGCAGUUGUUGAUAUGUAUGCAUGCUGUGGAGAUUUACAGAGUGCAAAGGUUGUAUUUGAUGGGAUAGAAAGGAAAGGUUUACUGCAAUUCACAAGUAUGAUCAAUGCAUAUGGGAUGCACGGCUGUGGAAAAGCAUCUGUUGAGUUGUUCAAUAAAAUGAGGCAUGAAAACAUCUCGCCCGAUCACAUUUCAUUUCUGGCUCUUCUUCAUGCGUGCAGCCAUGCAGGUCUGCUUGACGAGGGUAGAGGGUUUCUCAAGAUCAUGGAACAUGAAUAUAAAUUGGAACCAUGGCCUGAACAUUACGUGUGUCUGGUUGACAUGCUGGGUCGUGCAAACUGUGUAGUGGAAGCCUUUGAAUUCGUUAAAAUGAUGAAGACAGAACCGACCACAGAAGUGUGGUGUGCACUCCUUGCCGCAUGCCGAUCUCAUUCAGAGAAAGAAAUUGGGGCGAUAGCAGCUCAGAGGCUCCUUGAGCUAGAACCUAAGAAUCCGGGAAAUCUUGUGCUUGUAUCUAAUGUCUUUGCUGAACAAGGAAGAUGGGACGAUGUAGAAAGAGUGAGGGCAAAAAUGAAAGCAAGCGGAUUGGAGAAACACCCUGGAUGUAGUUGGAUUGAGAUAGACGGCAAGGUUCAUAAAUUUACAGCAAGAGAUAAGUCUCACCCAGAGACCAAAGAGAUAUAUGAGAAAUUGUCCGAGGUUACUAGGAAGUUGGAGAAGGAAGCAGGUUAUUUAGCCGAUACAAAGUUUGUUCUGCAUAAUGAAAAUGAAGGGGAGAAGGUUCAGAUGCUGCAUGGGCACAGUGAGAGGCUAGCAAUUGCUUAUGGUCUGCUCAGAACACCUGACAGAGCCUGUCUUCGGAUCACAAAAAAUUUACGUGUCUGUAGAGAUUGCCAUAUUUUUUGUAAGCUGGUCUCUGAGUUAUUCAGACGAGACAUUGUAAUGAGAGAUGCCAAUAGAUUUCAUCACUUCAAAAGUGGGCUGUGCUCUUGCGGAGAUUUUUGGUGACGAAAACUUGACAAAGCAUAUGCUCAUCAAUUCAUGCGAAGAUUAUUAUGUAAUUUAGUUCCACAUAGCUUCAUAAGGUUUGCAUAUGGUUAUUUGCCUGUGUCCCACCAAGAGCAACAAGGAGUCGUCAUUAAUGACCUCCUUUAUUUUGCACCAUAGAAGGGAAAGAGAGAGAUUGCAAAGUAACAGGGAAGAUGGAGACCUGAUUAAGAGGAAAAAAGUAAAGGCAUAUCAGUAAUUAAAAGCAGGAAGCAGAGACCUAGACACGAAGCCAGGGAUAGAGUCGUCUAACUAGGCUGUUCAGCAGAGACAGUCUUUGGAGAGUAAAUGUCUCCAAGAUACUGACCUCUCUUUUCUCCUUGUUAUAUACUAUUAUUUGCUUUUAAACCCACACCUACCAAACCCGUGGAUGAAUAUUUCAUAUAUUCCACCUAUAUUCAUCUGCAUUUAAACACUCCAACCUCAGUUGUUUACUGUUUACGUCUUUGUAUUUGCAUUGCUUAAGAGAAUGAUGGUUUAUUAGCCUGCCUUAUUUUGUGGCCUUGUGGGAUACCGAAUGCAGGAGGAAACAUAGGAGGGUGGUUGAUGCAAAACCUAAAGAUGAGGUCUUUUAGAUACGCGGAGUCAAACUAAGCAUGGACCUUGGUGAAGCUUCUUGACGGUCAAGAUUUAAAAUCAGGUACGACACUGUGUACGUGAGAAAGAGGGAGAGAGAGAUUUUAGAGAAAGAAAGAGAUGUAUCACAAUAAAGGAGUAUAUUUAGGGUCACAGGUGGUGGAGAUGUAGGUAUGCAGGCCGAGGCGCUAAUCUCUUCAUAGCCCUAUUGAUUUUGUCUCUCGCUCUCUCUCUCUCUCUCUCUCUCUCUCUCUCUCUCUCUUUCUUCCUCUCUUAGCUGUAUGCAUUAUGAUGCUUCUUUUAAUUCACUGUUUAAGGC